AUGAUUCCAUUCGGUUCUCUUGGUUUGCUCCAUCUGCUGUCACUGUACGUGGGAGCGCUGCUGUCCUCAGAUGCAUCUCCUGCCUGCACACACCCUCCCUGCAAGGACAGUCUGGUGGCUGCACCCAUCCAGUCUGGCACGGGAGCAGUAGUGGGUACCGGGGCCUGUGAGGGUCAAACUGGGACAACAGCCUGCAGGAUGGGGGUCUCGCUUCCAGCCAUCUCCAAUGUUCCUCGGAGGGUGGAGCACAGGCACGACAUCCCCCAACCUAAGACUGGAGGUGUCAAAGAGCGUCUGGUUCAGCUGCAGCGCUGCAUGCGCUCUCUCCAGGAAACAGGGGGCCCCUGGAGUCACGGGGGCCAGGAGAGUGACUCUCUAGGGGCCAUCCUGGCGCUAAUGGCAGCUGUACUGACAGAGUGUGACCUCCACUGUCACAGCCAGGCCCUCGGGGCGAUGGCCAAGAGACUGGAGAGUGCAGCUGUGGGAAGAGAGGGGGAGAAAGACCUGCUGCUUUUCCUGAAGAGCAUCACCCAAUAUCCUCCCACAGUUGCCCCCUUGGAGAGGUUACAUCCUCGGGACUGUGCAGAGAUUUACAAGCUCGGGAUCAAAGAGAAUGGAAUCUACACCGUCCAGCCUGACCUGCACAGACCGGCAUUGGAGGCUAAAUGUGACAUGGAGACGGCAGGUGGUGGGUGGACGGUGAUGCAGAUUCGGCAGGACGGCUCGCUGGACUUCAACAGGACAUGGCAGGAAUACCGGGAGGGCUUUGGCAGUCCGCAGGGAGAGCACUGGCUGGGGAACGCAGCGCUGUACGCCCUCACCUCCACUGGCCAACACCAGCUCCGCAUUGAGCUGGAGGACUGGCACCAGCAGAAGCGCCACGCUACCUACAACAACUUCAAAGUGGCCUCAGAGGCACAGAGGUAUCGUCUAACAGCUCGAGAGUACUCUGGCGAUGCAGGCAACGCACUGAGCUACAGCAAGCGAUACAACCACGACGGCAGAUCCUUCAGCACCGCUGACCGAGACCACGACCGUUACGCGGCGGGGAGCUGUGGCCAGUACUACGGUGCAGGCUGGUGGUUUGAUGCCUGCCUGGCAGCCAACCUGAAUGGACGGUAUUACCGUGGGCGCUACAGUGGAGUGACCAACGGGAUCUACUGGGGGACAUGGUACAUCCUGACAGACGGACGAACUGGAGAACGCUACUCCUUCAAGAGGGUGGAGAUGAAGACAAGACCCAGGAACUCUGUAGGAAUGUCCUAA